AUGUUUCUUUUGAUUUUUCUUUUUCGUUUUUCUAUCAUUUUUCUUUUUUCCGUUUCUAUCAUUUUUUCUGUUUAUACCAUUUUUCUUUUUCUAUCAUUUUUCUUUUUUCUUUUUUUACCAUUUUUCUUUCUUCUUUUCUAUCAUUUUUCUUUUCUAUCAUUUUUCUUUUCCUAUAAUUUUUUCUGUUUCUACCAUUUUUCUUUUUCUAUCAUUUUCCUUUUUUCUUUUUCUAUCAUUUUUCUUUUUUCUUUUCUUACCAUUUUUCUUUCUUCUUUUCUUUUUCUAUCAUUUUUCUUUUUCUAUCAUUUUUCUUUUUCUCUCAUUUUUUUCUGUUUCUAUCAUUUAUAUUUUUAUUUUUCUAUCAUUUUUCUUUUUUCUGUUUUUACCAUUUUUCUUUUUUCCUUUCCUAUGAUUUUUUUCUAUCAUUUUUCUUUUUUCGUUUUCUAUCAUUUUUAUUUUUUAUUUUUUACCAUUUUUCUUUCUACUUUUCUAACAUUUUUCUUUUUUCCUUUUCUUUUUUCCUUUUCUUUUUUCCUUUUCUUUUUUCCUUUUCUUUUUCUAUCAUUUUUCUAUCAUUUUUCAUUUUCUAUCAUUUUUUUUCUGUUUUUACCAUUUUUCUUUUUUCCUUUUCUAUAA